AUGGGCGACAAGUUGGGCCUUCUCAUCCGGGGAUUCUCCAUGUUCUUCUCGUCGAUCAUCGUCUGCUUCCGCAUCAGUUGGCAGAUUACAUUGAUCUCUGUUACCAUGGGACCGAUAGCUGCUAUGACAAUGGCUUUACUAGGAAAAGUGAACUCGGCUAGCCUGGGCAGAGCGAUGAACUUACAGACCGAGGCUGCUUCCAUAGCUGAAGAGUCGGUGAUGAAUGUGAAAACCGUGCAGUCUUGUAACGGACAGGAGCAUAUGGUAAAGAAAUACCAGGCGUCACUCCGCAGUGCCCAACCGCAUUCUAUUUGCAGUCACUUCUGGAUGGGAUUUUUCGAAGGACUUUCAUUCUUUCAAAUCUACGUGAUUAUUGGAGUUGCUCUUUGGUUUGGUUGUUAUGGUUUUUUCCACGGUAUGGUGGAUGAUCGUGGCGAUGUGCUUCUCUGUGUGGGCACGAUUUCGCUGACCGCCUACUACCUAGGAAUGCUCGGGCCUCACAUGAUGGCCCUGAUGAAAGCACGUAUGGCGGCUGCUAUUAUUUACAAAACUAUUGAUAGGGUGCCUUCUGCCGACUGCGGAAGGAAAGGUCUCAGGAAGGAAGUUUUGGCAGGACGUAUUGCUCUCAAAGAUGGGUGUGACUUUUCGUAUCGAACCCGAAACCAUGGUGGUUUUGCAAUGUAUGUUAUUCCACAAACUGCAUCAAGGAUGGAGUAUGGUGAUCUCCCCAACAGAUAG